AUGAUUUUAGCCAAUACACCUAACUUGUUACUUCCUGAAUAUGAAAGUAGUGAAGAUACUUUCAAUGAAAGUUUGAUCAAUCAUGAGUUUGGUCAAGAAGUUAACCCUAAUAGUAACUUAUACAAUGAAGGCAGUUUCGAGAACAUUCAUUCGAAUGCUUUUAAAUAUCAUCAUUUAUCUAAUGCUAACGAUGCAGCUGUUUUGGAGAACAAUCAGUUCCAUGGAGAUCCAUAUUAUCCUAAUGCUGAAGUGGUACCUGCUGAUCCAAAUUCCGGUAGGAACUACUUUAAUCCUUACCAAUCAUUAUCACGUCAACAUUCAGACCCCCAACCAUCUUCCUCUACUAACUCAGGACAAAUGGUGGGGUUCAAUGAAGCUGCUCAAGAAAAUCCUAAGAGUGAAAACCAAUCCAGUCCUUCUAUGGAUCCUCCCACACCACAAAGUCAGUAUCUCAUCAAACCACCAGUAUUGAAUACCCAGACUUCUGUCAAUUCUGAAUUCCCCAAUCAAUCACCUGUCUUGGAUACCUUCCAAGGUAGUAAUCCCCUGUAUUUCCAUCAACAUCAAUUAUCUAAUACUUCCAAUGUAAGCAAUAAUCCGAUAAAAAGUAAUUUAAGUUUCCUCAGUAGACAGCCUGGUAAUACAAAUUACCUGGAAGAAUUGAAACCACUGUUUCAUCAAAGGCAAUCGCUGGUUCCUUAUCAUUUCGAACAAUAUGCUUAUCAUACUUCUACCACCCUGAUAACAGGACAACAAUCUCCUGUUGUUGGUUCCUUACAGCAAUUACCAAAUCAAUACCAACCACCUCCCAAACAUGUCAAGCCAAGAAUAGCUACCACUGUUUGGGAUGACGAAAAUACUAUUUGCUAUCAAGUUGAAGCACACGGUAUACUAGUCAGCAGAAGACAGGAUACCAACUUCGUAAAUGGUACGAAACUACUCAAUCUAGCAGGAAUGUCCCGAGGUAAAAGAGAUGGAAUCUUAAAAUCCGAAAAAGUAAAGACAGUGAUAAAAAUGGGGACCAUGAAUUUGAAAGGGGUCUGGAUCCCUUUUGAAAGAGCUUCAGAAAUUGCCCGAAAUGAAGGAUUAGAUGAGCUACUAUUCCCACUUUUUGUCAAAGACUUGAAAGGUUAUUUUGAAAAAAGGGGGUCAAGCUUGAAAAAUGAUGGCAUACCACCGCCUGGUGAUUAUGCAGAGUUUGAUAGUUAG